GCCUGGGAGACUUCAGGCAGGAAGUGACGCUCCUAAAUAUUUUAUUUAUGGAACGCCUUUGAUUUACAUGCGUGUAAGGAAAGUUGUGGGGAAAAGGACUGGCCCAUUUUUUGUCUCCUGAAAAAGCCUCUUUUUAAAAGUGAUGUCUGCGUAACCCUAGGAGGGCUGCGAUCCUGCGCCCGCUUCGUUGGGAGGAAAUCCACUAACAGUGGCGGAAGGCCACGAAACCCACCCACCCCCAAUCUUCGGAAGGGCGAAGCAAAAACACGGAUGGCCGCCCGCCCCACCGGCUGCCAAGGAAGUUGUGGAAAGAGCGCAGGGCGUGCGCGGCAAACGCGCCCUCGGGCGGCGGACGCGCAACCGGAGCCGGGGCCGCGCAAGUGGGUUGGGCGGGAGGAAGUACCGCCGCAGCCGUUGCUUGCAGGAAAGAUGGAUUUGGAGGUUAAAGGAGUUGCAGCAUCUCCACGAAGGCAAGCACCUCUGUCGUCAAGGGAAAAUAAAAACACUCAAGGCUGGAGACCACGUACAAAAUCAAGUCAUGGUCCCCGACCAGCAGAAGUUCCAUGCCUUGACCUUGGAAAGUUGGGAGAUUCAGAGGAUGAGGAUGGAGACACCUAUGCACCAUAUAGUGCUGGGCAGUCUCAUACUGGUCCUCUACUGUCAUCUUCAACUAUCAGCUGGGGUACUCCAUUACAGAGUCCCUGUGCACAGCGGUGUAACAUCCAACAGACAGCAAGAAACCCUGAUUUGAAGAAAUAUGAGCUUGCUUUCUCAGAGGAAAAGAUAAUACCUGAAAAUCUGCCGCCACCAACAGACAGAUACAAACUGAAGUAUCAGCAGUAUGAAGCUGAAAUGAAAGAUGGAUAUAAACAGUAUUCUCAAAGAGCUGCAGAAAAGAAAGCAAAUAACUAUCAUCCUCACAAACCUCUAGGAAAAACAGAUGACAAGAAGGAUUUAGAGCCUGAAAAUAAAACAGAUGAUGAACUGACACUUCUUGAUGAGAAAGCACUUCUGCAGCAAUGCUAUACAAAUGACCCUUACACAGUACAACAGAGCAUAAGAAAACUGGAAGCAGAAGAUGUAGCAGCAGAGAGAAAAAAACAAACUGUAGUGGAACAAGUGAUGAUAGACCAGUUAUCUAGAGCUGUGAUAAGUGACCCAGAGCAAAAUGUAAAUGGUGAUACAUAUGGGACAGAUUCUAUUCUUCCAGGAUUAAGGACAGCACCUUUGCGCUUUAGGAAAAGAACAUUACAUGAAACAAAAAUAAAGACUAAGUCAGCAUUAACUGAAAAUAUGCUUUCCAAUAAAUUGCGCUUUGAUGGUAGAUUAAUAUCAAGAAAUGGACGUGAUGCUUGUCGAGAACUCAUCGGAUUUUUCUUUAUGUAUGACAAAUCUCUUACUGUAUAUGAAUAUCGACAAUUUGGUAAAAAUAGGACAAAUGCUCUACCUUUUAUUCAAAAAGGAGUUUAUAGCCAUCAGCGUGGACAAAGAAAAGGAAAACAAUAUUGUCUUAAUGAUUUCUAUGUUGGAGCAGACCUAACUUUUCUGAGCCUUCAUCAUCCUGGCCUUCAAGAAAGUAUUAAAAGGAAACUAGUAUUUACAAUCCGUGUCACAGAUAUUGAUGAAACUGCUAGAGCUUUUCUCAAGACUUUUGAUCUGGAAAAUGAAGAACAUCCCAUCAAUCAGGAAGGUGAUAGCAAGGAUAUUUUUAGCACGGUUCAAGAAAAGUUAAGAGAAAAACUAAACAAAAGAGGAGUUCGUAUUGUUACAGGAUUAGGAAAAUACUUUCGAGAACUAGAAAAAAAACAAAAUGGAAUUCUUACGAAAGAAGACUUCAGGCAAGCACUGAAAACGUUUCAUCUAGACAUUUCUGAAGAGGAUUUUGAAUCUUUGUGGCUAAUACUUGAUGGCAACAGUAAUGGGGACGUUGAUUAUGUUGAUUUUACUCGUGCUGUUCUUGGAGAAAUGAAUGAAUACAGAAAAGCAUUCGUCAGAAAAGCAUAUAUGAAACUGGAUUAUAACAAGACUGGCAGCGUGCCUAUGAUUGAUAUAAAGAAAUGUUAUUGUGCUAGAAGACAUCCUCAAGUCUUAGCAGGUAAUGCAACAGAGGAAGAAAUUAAAUCAUCAUUUCUAGAAACACUGGAAGAUGCCUGCAGUAAUCCUAAUGAAGUUUCAUUUUGUGAAUUUGAAGAUUAUUAUGAAGGAUUAAGUAUAGGAAUAAUGGAUGAUGAUGAUUUUGUUAACAUCUUAAAGAAUCCUUGGGGAAUUUAAAAUAUAAUGGCUGGAAUCUUGUUGUGCAGUUAUGCAAAGGUGCAACUUUUAGUGAUGACUUAGGAAUUUCUAUAGACAUUAUGCAUUGCAUGCUGAAUCACAUGACUUGGCAUGCAACAGAUAAUGCCUAUAGAGAUUUGUUAAAUUUGCAUCUACAAGUUACAUCAUUUGCAUGACUGUGUGACAGGAUUUCAGGCAAUGUUUUGAUAUGGGUGAGGAAGUGAACACUAGAAUGAGACAUAUUAGCUUCUUGAAUGAAAUGUUUAAAAAAUUGACUUGAAAAGUCUCAUUAUCUUUCAGUGAACAUUUUACAGUGUUGUUUGUUCACAUUCUUCUAAAUGUAUAUACUCUCCAGAUGAAACUUUUAAACAAAAUUUGGAAUAUCUUUCUGCUUCUCAAAGAGCUAGUAAUAUGUACCCUUAAUUAAAAAAAUGAUUAGUAUCCUAUUGCUAGUCUUAGCUGCAGAGUAAACUCAUUGAAUCAACUGAUGAUAACUCUACAAUUAAAGUAAAUCCAACAGAGUCAAUGGGUCUGACCUAGUUGGGACUAUCAAUAGCGUACUGCCCAGUAUAUUAAUACAAGGGUAGGUGACACUUUAUUAGACCACUAAAAUAUCAUAAGUAGAAGUUAGCUUUUUACUCCAUUGGAGUCUUCAUCAGUCUGAACAUUGCAGAGUUUGGGAUGGUGCAAAAAGAAGAAGAAAAUUUUUCUGACUCCAUGCCUGUGGUGUGUGGGCUAGAUUGAGCUCAGAAUUGGUAGGUUUCAGAUUUCACCACUGAUGUAAAUUAGAAUGUCCCUAAUGUCUCCAAAUGUGUUAGAUAAAGAACUGUCAAUAACUCAGACCCUCUACCUUUAUAUUGAAACAUAUGGCUCUUUUUUUGCUGGGAAUAGGGCACAUAGAAAUGUGGCUAGGGGUUGAGUUAUUGGCAGUUCUUUGUCUUAAUGAGCUUGUUGGGAGGGGGCAUAUUCCAGCUAUUACAUCAUGUGAUUGCCAGAAAAGGAGUGAACCAGCCCAUCCGCACAGCAGACCAAACAGUAGGCUUUUUGCUUGCUAAAUCAGUGAAUUGUGGAAUUGAGUGCUAAGUCAAAAAAUGUAUGAUCCUCCUCCUUCUCGUUGUUGUUAUUGUUGUUGUUGUUUCCACUUUUAUGAUGCCCAGUUAGUGUGAAGCGCUACUCUGGGUGGUUGACAGCAAUGAAAAAGUACACUUAUAAAACAAGAAACAUCAUCAUCAUCAUCAGCAGCAGCAGCAGCAGCAAAAUCAAUAAACCAUCAUAAAUAGAAGAAUAAGGGCAGCAGGAAUGGUCAAACAGUAGGAUAGAUUUGAUAGAUUCAUUACAGGUUGGUAGUAAACACUUUUAACCUCUUGAAGGUAGAAAGGGAGGGGGGCAGAAAAAACCUCAAAACAAAUACUGUACAGGGGAGUGCUGUAUCAAGGUUAUAAUUCAUAUAGAUCAGAGAAUUGUAAUUUCCUACCUGUCCCUGAGGUCCAAUCUGUAUGAGAAGCCAAUUUUAUAGUUUUUUAAGGUGAUAAACAUUUUCCCUCCACAGAUGAAUUUCUUUAGAGCUUCAUUCCUGUACAAGCCUAUGUUUGCAUCCUAAUGACUAAUCACAAAACAAAAACAAGCCAUGUUUUUGCCAUGUUCUGCAUUCAAAAAAUAUUGUACCAGUAUAAGCAAUCAUCAUUUACCUACAAAGGGAGCUCCCCUUCUAACUAUACUUUACUGUAUCAUAACGUUUGACCUUGAGAAUCCACACUUCAGAAUUCUAUCGGUGCAUCUGUUGGUGAUUGCUUUCAACCCUUUACUAUAUUUUUGCAUUGCUACCAGCCAAUUAAUGGACAGGUCUUAGAUCUUUUCAGGGCAUUUUAAAAGCUAACCUUGCUAUCUAAUCUUAGGAAAAUGUACCUAAACUGACUAGCAUCUCACAGUAGCAGUAAGAGUAUAAUUAAACAUGGACACUGAAAUUCAUACAUAUUUAACACUAAUUCACAUAACUCAUUUUGUUUCUUAGCACUAAGGCAAUAUCUACCCAUAUACUCUCUUAAGAUUUUCUAAGAUACAUUUCAUUUUAUCACAAAAAUGUAUUUCAUUUUAGGCAGCAUAACUAUUCUAAAGCAAUAAAUUUUGAUCUAAAAACACACAGAUUCCUGAUUGCAUCUAAAAUUCAUUUAAUACCUUAAUAUUUUUCUAAAGUAUGUGAUUUGCAUGUAUAUUGUUACUGUGAUUCACCAUUAUUUGGUUAUUUUUAAUCAAAGUUAAUAUAAAGGAUGACUGAAUUCAUCUUGAAAAAGUGGUUUAAUGUUCAUUCAAAAACCCUGGAAAGGAUUGCCAUUAGCCAGAAUUGACUAGAUGGCACACAGUUAUUAUUGCACAAGUCCACACUUCAUGCUGCUAACAUGUACUGUAUAUUAUUGUCCCUUUAUAGACCUGAUAUAAUGAUCAGAAUAGGGGAUGUCUCACCUUAAAAUGACAAUGUGGACUUGCAACCCACUCCAAUCAUGAGCUGCUAUUGUUUAAAAUCAUAUAGCUCUUAUUAAUUCUGAAUAGUUUGUCUGUUUUAGGAGAGCAAUCUUGGUAAUUAGAGUAAUGUCCUAGUUAAGUAUGUACCGUAACUUACUAGAGACUUUAUUACCAAGCUUCAUCUUUAUUAUGUAGUGGGAGAGUUUAUUAGGGAUGUGGUGGUGCUGCGGAUUAAACUGCAGAAGCCUCCGUGUUGCAAGGUCAGAAGACCA